AUGAUUAGAGGAUUUCUAACUAAUUUGAGAAUCCAGAAGGAGUUUUUACGUUCUUCUACAAUUCAAAGGUAGUUUUUAUUUACUUUACUUCAAAUUUUAGGUAUUUGUUAUGGGUGAACUGUUAUACAUAAAACAAGUUUUUGUAAAACUUGGCAUUUAAAAGCUUUAAAAUAUGGUUUAACGGCUAUAUUGUGGUAUAUGAUAUUCGCAUUGGAGUAAAUAAAAAUUAAUUAUUGAAAGUAGAGAUGAAUCGUAUGGAACUAAAAGAAAUUGUUCAGGUAUCAAUGCUGGAACUGUUCCGAACAUCAUGAUCAACACAAAGUGUUCUGCCACAAAUGCAACUUCAUUCAGCCUUUACAUCCCAAUAUUGACUUCUUUUCUUACUUUGGGUUAAAAAGGAAGUUUAAUGUUGAUAACGUGGACUUGAAGAAGUCCUUCAGGGAGAUGCAGUCCAAUGUGCAUCCGGACAAGUUUGGUACAGCAACAGACAAGGAAAAACAGAUUAGUGAGCAACAUUCCAGCUAUCUUAACCAAGCCUACAAAACGUUGAAGUCACCCAGAGAAAGAGCCAAGUAUUUGCUUCGAUUAUUGUCGAAAGGUAGGGAUUUUAAUGUUGGUAUACAACGUCUACAUGAAAAUGUACGUUGUCUUAAGUUUUUUACUUCAAGUACUUUAACUUAAAAGGUAGUCGAAAUUAUUAAGUUUUCUGCUUAAAAUACGUCACUUACAUUCUCUGAGGUAAUUCUAGAAACUAAAGACGAAACGACUCCAGACUUUGCAGCUGAAAUGUUUGAGUUCAUCGAAACCGUAGAGGACGAAACUGACGAGAAAGUAUUACGCAAACAUUCCGAGCAUGUAGAUACUGAAAUCGAACAGCUUCUGAUCAAAAUUGAGAACGCGUUUGACAAAAAUGACCCAAAAACAGCCAGAACAUUGUUAACACGACUGCGAUACUAUGACAGAGCCAAAAAUAUACUGGUUAACAAAUUAGGAAUUGAUUUGUGA